GCAGGCGCGCGGGAAGGCGCAUAACCGAAUUUUGCUAGGGGAAGUUCUGGAGGGUGGUGGCGGCUCCGCUGGGCGGGCGGUGGCGAUUCCACGUGCUCCUCGCGGCCGGUUGAAACCGUUGGCGGGCGCUGGCUCAGAGGAUAAGACUUAAAACCUGUCUUGGAUAAAAAAAAUAUUUAAUCAUUUAGCUAAAAAUGGUAUUUUUUACAUGCAAUGCAUGUGGUGAAUCAGUGAAGAAAAUACAAGUAGAAAAGCAUGUGGCUCUUUGCAGAAACUGUGAAUGUCUUUCCUGCAUUGACUGUGGUAAAGACUUCUGGGGUGACGACUAUAAAAACCAUGUGAAAUGCAUGAGCGAAGAUCAGAAGUAUGGUGGCAAAGGGUAUGAAGGUAAAACCCACAAAGGUGAUGUUAAACAGCAGGCAUGGAUUCAGAAAAUUAAUGAAUUAAUAAAAAGACCCAAUGUCAGCCCCAAAGUGAGGGAACUUUUAGGGCAAAUUAGUGGUUUUGACAACGUUCCCAGGAAAAGGGCGAAAUUUCAGAAUUGGAUGAAGAACAGUUUAAAAGUUCAUAAUGAAUCCAUCCUGGAGCAGGUGUGGAAUAUCUUUUCUGAAGCUUCCAGCAAUGAACCAGUCAGUAAGGGGCAAGAUCAGCAGCCGCUGGAGCAAGCGGUCAAACCAUGUGCAGAGAACAACGCCAAGGUCGCGUCCUCCAAAGCAAAUGACAGCAUGGAAGAGCCAGCAGAGAUGAAGAAGAAUAAGAGAGAAAGGAAGGAAGAACGGCAGAAGAAGAGAAACAAGGAAAAGAAAGAACUAAAAUUAGAAAACCACCAAGAGAAUUCAAAGAGUCAGAAGCCUAAGAAGCGCAAAGCAGGACAGGAGGCCGAGCAGGAGGCUGCAGGGGAGGCUGUCUUCGAGGCCGCCGGCUCUGCAGGGAAGAAGAGCCAGAGGAAGAGGAGCAAGGCUGAGUGCACCCAGGACGGGGCGGUGGAUGGAGGCGCGGAGCGGGAAGGAGAGACAAAAACCAGUCUAGGGAAAAGAAAGCAGAAGCAUUCGGAAGUUGAAGCAGAUUCUAAGAAGAAAAAGAUUAAGCUCCCGGGACAUUCUGAGGACGGAGAACCGGAAAACCAUGAGGCUCCUGCAAAAGGUAAAUUCAACUGGAAGGGAACUAUUAAAGCAGUUCUGAAACAGGCCCCAGACAACGAAAUAACAAUCAAAAAGCUAAGGAAAAAGGUUUUAGCUCAGUAUUAUGCAGUGACAAAUGAACAUCACAAAUCUGAAGAGGAACUCCUGGUCAUCUUUAACAAGAAAAUCAGCAAGAACCCCACCUUGAAGUUAUUAAAGGACAAGGUCAAGCUUUUAAAAUGAACAUUUUUAUAUUUAAAAAUCGAAUCCAUUUCGUUGAUCUUCUUUCACAACUGUUUGUAAAACAUGUAAUGAUUAUAACAACUCAAAUUUUGCUUUCCAAAGCUGUAUUUUUAAGUUAAGAAAAAAAUAUAUU